AAGCGGCUAACUAGCUUAGCUAAGAAGCUAACCAGGAUUUGGACUCUGGCAGAGAUGGUGGCUGUGUGUUACAGUCGUGACUGACAGCUGUUUUGCUAUUUAAACGCGACUUGGAAACCCAACGACUGAUACUUUUUUGACACAGUCAGGCUGAGCCACCAUGGAGUCCAUGCUGAACAAGCUGAAGAGCACUGUCACCAAGGUGACAGCCGACAUGACCAGCGCCGUCAUGGGCAACCCUGUGACCCGGGAAUUUGAGGUGGGUCGCCACAUCGCCAGCGGUGGGCCGGGCAUGUGCUGGAGGAUCUACCAUGGAACCAAGAAGUCCACCAAACAGGAGGUGGCUGUGUUUGUGUUUGAGAAGAAGAUGGUGGAUAAGUAUCAGAAGUUUGACAAGGACCAGAUCAUUGACUCUCUAAAGAGAGGAGUGCAGCAGCUAACCAGACUGCGCCACCCUAGGCUCCUUACGGUCCAACACCCACUGGAAGAGUCAAGGGACUGCCUGGCGUUCUGUACAGAGCCUGUGUUUGCCAGUCUGUCCAACGUGCUAGGCCAGUGGGACAACCUGCCCAGCCCUGUGCCAACAGACAUCAAGGAAUACAAGCUGUAUGAUGUGGAGACCAAGUACGGGUUGUUGCAGAUCUCAGAGGGCUUGUCCUUCCUCCACAGCGGGGUGAAGAUGGUCCACAGGAAUCUGUGUCCAGAGAACGUCAUCCUCAAUAAAAGUGGAUCCUGGAAGAUCAUGGGCUUUGACUUCAGCAUUUCCUCGACCAACCCUUCUGACGCUGAGCCCAAGUAUUCCUGUAAGGAGUGGGAGCCAAACCUGCCUCCGCUGUGUCUGCCCAACCCGGAGUACCUGGCCCCAGAGUACAUUCUGUCUGUGAGCUGCGACGCCGCCUCGGACAUGUACUCACUGGGCGUGCUGAUGCACGCUGUCUUCAACGAGGGCAAGCCGGUGUUUCAGGUCAACAAGCACGACAUCUUCAAGAGCUUCAGUCGACAGCUGGACCAGCUGAGCAGGCUGAGUCCCUCCAUGUUGAAUAAGAUUCCAGAGGAGGUGAGGGAGCAUGUCAAGAUGCUUCUGAGUGUCACGCCCAACGUCCGUCCAGACGCUGACCAGAUGACCAAGAUCCCUUUCUUUGACGACGUGGGGGCGGUGACGCUGGCGUACUUUGACUCACUUUUCCAGCGGGACAACCUGCAGAAGUCCCAGUUCUACAAAAACCUACCCAAGGUCCUUCCCAAGCUCCCCAAGAGAGUGGUGGUGUUCCGUAUCCUCCCUGCCCUCACGUCCGAGUUUGUAAACCCAGACAUGGUGCCGUUCGUCCUGCCCAACGUGCUGCUGAUCGCCGAGGAGUGCACCAAGGACGAGUAUAUCAGGCUCAUCCUGCCAGACCUCACCCCUGUGUUCAAGCAACAGGAGCCGGUCCAGGCCAGCAAUAUGAUCCUGCUGAUCUUCCUGCAAAAGAUGGACCUGCUGCUAACCAAGACCCCAGCGGACGACAUUAAGAACAGUGUGCUGCCUAUGGUCUACAGAGCCCUGGAGGCUCCCUCCAUCCAGAUUCAGGAGCUGUGUCUGAACAUCAUCCCCACGUUCGCCAACCUGAUCGAGUACCCCUCCAUGAAGAACGCGCUCAUCCCCCGCGUCAAGUCCGCCUGUCUACAGACGUCCUCACUUGCAGUGCGGGUAAAUUCCCUGGUGUGCCUGGGAAAGAUUCUGGAGUACCUGGACAAGUGGUACGUCAUUGAUGAGAUCCUGCCCUUCCUGCAACAGAUCCCCUCCAGAGAACCGGCUGUACUCAUGGGGGUUCUAGGGAUCUAUAAAUGUACCUUCUCCCAUAAGAAACUGGGCAUCCCCAAAGAGCACCUAGCUGCCAAGAGCCUGCCUCACCUCAUCUCCCUCAGUAUAGACAACAACCUCAACCUCAACCAGUUUAACUCCUUCAUGGCUGUAAUCAAAGACAUGCUAACUCGCAUGGAGGCAGAACACAAGACCAAACUGGAACAGCUGCACAGCAUGCAGGAACAACAGAGGAGUAUGAAUAUUAAUACCAGUCAGUCCAACCAAUUGGAAGAGACAAAGCAAACCCCUAGCCCUGGCAACCAGAUUGAUGAUAUCUUCGGAAGCAGUUCUGGGAAUGCCAGUGUUACUGGGAAAGAGAAUGGAACCUCAGCACCAGCUCCUCAACUAAACAGAAUGUCUCUGACUCUGGAGGAGAAGCAGCGGCUCGCCAAGGAGCAGGAGCAGGCAGCCAAACUAAGGAACCAGCCGGCAUUAGCACCGAAGAGUAUCAAACCAGCCACUCCUGCAACCCAGGCCAAGGACCUUACCAGCAGCCUGUUAAACAACAUGACAUCCCUGGGCAGCCUGUCCCUCACAUCUCCCCCCAGACCAGGCCCUGUCCAAGGUAGCACCAUCUCAGCCUACCCCUCUACAGCUCCCAUGGGCUCUAUGGCCCAGGUCAGCAACGGUUACAAGCCAGCUAUGGGCUUCCAGACGGGGGGGAUGGGAAUGGGCAUGCGGCCUGCCAGCUCUGGCCUCUACGGCGGAAUGGCCACCGCUACCAGCACACCUAACUUUGGCGCCUUGACCCAGAACCCAGGGAGCACAAACGCACCCGACCUGUCUGCCUUGGACUCGCUGUUCACGUCCAACAAACCCAAAGUCAGCCUCAACCAAAUGGCCCCUCCCAGGCCCACCCCUGGGACCACCGUCACCCCCACCCCUUGGCUCAAUCAGUUUGGUUCGGCCCAGCCCAGUCAGACAGUUCCUAUGCAGGGCGCCCCACUAAGUAUGGGUGGGGUUCCCAGUGGGUUUGGGAUGCAGGCCAACCCUUUCUUCAGCCCGCAAAACUUCUCCCAGCCCGCAGCCGCUCCUGGGAUGAACGCCAGUGGCGGGCUCAAGCAUAGCGCGUCUGUCAACAAUGACCUGAAAGACCUGUUUGGCUGAACUGAAACCUUCCCCAUCAUCGCCACACUCUUAAUGAUGGCAGACUUGAGAGGGGGGGAGUUUACGUUUUCAUCUGGAGAAACUUUUUAGACAGACUGUGGAAUGAUGAAUCCACUUAAUGACGUUGCUAUUUGUAUUUUAAUCCGGUGCGACUUGAGUUGCGGCGCGGCUCUUCAAAGCCCCCUUCGGACUGGACGCGGGAGGGCCAGCUGUUCGGUCUGUCCCAGGAUUCCGCACCUACGUGAGUGUAGAGGAACCUCAUGUUCUAUACUGCUGUCAGUAACGCUGGUGGGAGCCUAGAAAACGAAUGGGUAAAUGGUUUUCCGACAAUGGAUUACCUUCUCUGUAAUUCCUAUUCUACCAAACGGGAUGAAUGGUGGCAUAGAGAGACCACUCAAUGUCAGUGCAUUUCUGUUUGUUCCAGCCCAGUUGAGAAACACCAGUGUGUCAUGCAGCACAUCCAGGUGGAUUGCAAUAUUAUAUCAGUGUGAUUGCUGAGAUUAAACGCUUUUGAUAUGUACAGUCUAGUCCUGGGCUUGAACAGCAAUGCGCAUCCUUUGGGUGGUCACCUAUGGCGGGGUUGAGAAACAAAGGUAUGGGUGAGACAGCUGUACAAACUAUCAGUUCUCGUGGUGGGCUCCUUUUGCCACUUCGAGGACGACAAUCCGGAAUUGAGUGUCAGCAUUGAAGACUGAACCGCACGGCUGUAAAGGCCUGAUUAUCCCCGAGCCACAGUGCUACGCCUCCUUGGAAACCACCAUCUCUAUUCUGUUGGUUUUAGGACCUUUCUGUUGUCAGCCUAAAAUGAGAUUAAAUACAGAUUAAAGAGGCUAUCAAAUUUGAGUGGGUGAAAGGAUCAAUUGGAACAAUUGCUCUCAUGGAGAUUUUCCGGUCUUUAACAUUAUGUAAACAGUCUGGCCACAUUUUAAAGAUAAUUCUAGCAACUAACUGGGCACCUGUCUGUUUUCUGUCUUCCUUUCUUAACAUUCGGCUGUCUUUAAAUAUGUAUUUUCAAGAGCGUAAAUUCUUCAAACAGUUUAAAAAGGGAUUUUAUUUUUUAUUGUAUUAUUUUGGAUCAGGGCUUUCUGUCUAGAACUCACCUUUAUGUGCUAACUGUUUUGCUGUAAGGGACAUCUUUUUUGACAAUUUAUGUUAAGGAGUAUAAACAAAUGUUUGCAUAUUUCAGUGAAAUGUCAGCACAGUGCUCAAUCUACUUUGUUUUCUUGCUUGCUAACUUUCGCAUUGCAUGUCUCCAUCUUGUAAUUCCCCUUUGAUGUGUUACUGACAUGACCAAGAUGGGAGACCACAACAAGUCUUUCUACCCACAGAGUGCAUUGCUAAAUCAGUGAUUCUGUUGACAAUGAGUGAAUCUAAUAAUGAAUCCCACUAUGACCAAUGUAUAAUUUUAUUCCAUGCGAGCAGAAGAUGCAUUUGUGUUCCUAUUUGUUUGACAUAUCAAAUGAAGAAAUAUCAGUUCUUUUUAUAUACAGUAUAAUAUCAUGAGUUGAGCACUUAUUUUGCUAAAGGAGACCUGUACUGCAUUGUUCAACUAUAAAUGUAUUGCUAUUUAAUAUUGGAGUGCUCUGAAAGGGGACCUCACAUUUUUGUGCUCUUGUGAUGAUGAUUGAGAGGCCUUAAGAGAGGUGUGUGCAAUAAUCAAGCCUGGGUCUACAUCUCAAUAGGCAAAUGUAGCCUUCUUUCCUCCUCCGGUUUUCCUGUCUCCUUCCUUUUAUCUGCAAUGAUCUGAAGUCCCAGGUUCAAUGAAAGCCCUACAGUGAAAAUCAGAAAAAUUGGCUUUUCACCUGUCCACCUGUUGAAGGAUGGAGAUGAAAUCCUCACUGAAUGCUGUUUGCAGACAGGGAUGUAUGUUUAGUUAAUGGAACACAUGAUCGUGCACAACUGGGUGGUAAAACAUUGUGCGUACUGUUAACCCUGACCAGGUGAGUAGUGUCGUCCAAUAAAAAAAUACAGUCUCAUCGAAUAAUAAAAACAAAAAACAGGGCUGGCUAAAAUCUUGUUUUGUUCAAGACCAGUGAAGGAAGGUCUGUCCUUGGGUAAAGGAAUUUCCUUCACCAAUCUUUCAUGAAAGGUUGCCACACCUGUGAUUGUAAUUAUGACGAAGAGUGCCUGAGGGCAAGAACUGCAUUGCAUUUCCCGCAUUGUGACUUGUGUGUCUCAACAUGAGAACAAAAGAAAUGUAAAAGACUAUUCUUCUACCAGAGUUCUGAUGCUUUGGGUACUACUGCUGUCAUACAUAUGUAGUGUUGCCUCUAUGAACUUUAUAUUGUGUUAGGUGGUGUUGUCUGAGGUGAUUCAAUGAAAUGUACAUAUAUAAAACAGUCACAAUCUAA